ACGCGGCUCGCCGGGCGGGCGCCGCCAUGUUGGGGGUCCUCGUAGCGAGCGCGUAGGUGUCCUCAUAAGAUGCCGGCUCGGCGGCGCCCGGCUUUUUCCCCCCAAGAUGGCGUCCAUGCGGGAGAGCGACACGGGCCUGUGGCUGCACAACAAGCUGGGGGCCACCGACGAGCUGUGGGCGCCGCCCAGCAUCGCGUCCCUGCUCACGGCCGCGGUCAUCGACAACAUCCGCCUCUGCUUCCACGGCCUCUCGUCGGCCGUGAAGCUCAAGCUGCUGCUUGGGACGCUGCACCUCCCGCGCCGCACGGUGGACGAGAUGAAGGGCGCACUCACGGAGAUCAUCCAGCUGGCCACCCUGGACUCGGACCCCUGGGUCCUCAUGGUGGCUGACAUCCUGAAGUCCUUUCCUGAUACCGGCUCCCUGAACCUCGACCUCGAAGAGCAGAACCCCAACGUUCAGGAUAUCUUAGGAGAACUGAGAGAAAAGGUGAACGAGUGCGAGGCCUCGGCCAUGCUCCCGCUGGAGUGCCAGUACCUGAAUAAAAACGCCCUGACCACCCUGGCCGGGCCCCUCACGCCCCCGGUGAAACACUUUCAGUUGAAAAGGAAGCCGAAGAGCGCCACGCUGAGGGCGGAGCUCCUGCAGAAAUCCACCGAGACCGCGCAGCAGCUGAAGAGGAGCGCGGGCGUGCCCUUCCACGCCAAGGGCCGCGGGCUGCUCCGCAAGAUGGACACGACGACCCCGCUCAAAGGCAUCCCGAAGCAGGCGCCCUUCAGGAGCCCCACCGCCCCCAGCGUCUUCAGCCCCGCCGGGAACCGGACCCCGAUCCCGCCGUCGCGGACGCCGCUGCGGAAGGAGAGGGGCGUGAAGCUGCUGGACAUCUCGGAGCUGGACAUGGUGGGCGCCGGCCGGGAGGCGAAGCGGCGGCGCAAGACGCUGGAUGCAGAGGUGGUGGAGAAGCCGGCCAAGGAGGAGACGGUCGUGGAGAACGCCACCCCGGACUACGCGGCCGGCCUGGUGUCCACACAGAAAAACAUCGUUGAGCUUCUCUUGGAGACGGCUGGUAUGGGAGGCUCCACAAACCGCAGGAGCGGCCCCCGAGGCUGCUCCAGGCUCCUCCUGUGGGCACAGCAGUGCCCCGUCCUGCUGCUGCUGCGGCACUGGAGGCACCGAGGCCCACAGGAGCCGGCAGCGCCAGGUCUGGGGCAGCGCGUGCGGAGCCGCGGCCUCUGUCUUCCAGAAACUCGGGUCCUUGAGCAGCGAGCCUGCGCUGCCCUCCACCAGCUACCUGCCCGCCACGCCCAGCGCGGUCCCGGCCUCGUCCUACAUCCCCAGCUCCGAGACCCCGCCAGCCCCAUCUUCCCGGGAAGCCAGCCUGCAGGCCAGCCGGCCGCCCGAGGAGCCCAGUGCCCCGAGCCCCGCGCUGCCCACACAGUUCAAGCAGCGGGCGCCCAUGUACAACAGUGGCCCGAGCCCUGCCGCCCCCGUGCCCCCUGCGCCCAGCUCGCCCCUGACGCCCACCACGCCCCCAGCCGUCGCCCCCGCCGCCCAGACGCCUCCGGUGGCCAUGGUGGCCCCCCAGGCCCAGCCCCCUGCCCAGCAGCAGCCCAAGAAGAACCUGUCGCUCACGAGGGAGCAGAUGUUCGCUGCGCAGGAGAUGUUCAAGACGGCCAACAAGGUCACGCGGCCCGAGAAGGCCCUCAUCCUGGGCUUCAUGGCCGGCUCCCGAGAGAACCCGUGCCAGGAGCAGGGCGACGUGAUCCAGAUCAAGCUGAGCGAGCACACGGAGGACCUGCCCAAGUCGGACGGCCAGGGCAGCACCACCAUGCUGGUGGACACGGUGUUCGAGAUGAACUACGCCACGGGCCAGUGGACGCGCUUCAAGAAGUACAAGCCCAUGGCCAACGCGUCCUAGGGCCCCGCCGCCGCCUCGGCUUUAGGUUCCGUGUCCCUGGGGCGUUUUGGACUCGGUUUUUAAAUUUUAAUGUGGGUGGGUUCCCUUGUGUGUGAUUUGAGGCACUUUUUUGGAUUCAAUCUUACUUUUUUGAAUGUUCAACUUGGCCAAAAAAGUUGUAACUUCCUGAUCUUAGCGACAGCUCUGCCUGGUAGACGGACCUUUUUUAUUUUUCUUAAGUUCCGCCCGCCUGGGGGGAGGCCCUUCCUCGCUGGAGCAGCGCGCUCCCCGCCCCACGAGGCCGAGGGACCAAAGGGGGCGCUGAGGGCGGGGCGGGCCCGGGCCGCAGGCGCCACCGCGGGGUUUGUAUGUGUCUUUUGUACAGUCGCGAGCCUCUGAGCCCAGUCCCUGGGUCGGUCACCUGUUUCCAUUGUGAAAACGACCUGAGUCAUUAAAGUUCAGCUUUUCUAAAGAAA